AUGGCUGGUCGACAGGCUUCAUAUUUUACCGCGCUGUUUUUCAUUUCUCUUGUGUUCCGUGACAUUGCCAGUCAGCAAUGUCACGGAAUAUACUCGAUUUAUCAAAUGAUGCUUAAGGGCCAUACCUAUAAGACGUUCAAGACUACACCAGGCACUCUGGAAUGCAUAGAGGCUUGUCUCGCUGAUGACAGAUGUCAAAGCUUUAAUUUCGUCAUGUUCCUUGCAAUAUGUGAGUUAAACAACCGGACUAAAGAAGCCAGACCAGAGGACUUUGUCAAGGACGAGAAGAGAUAUUAUAUGGCAAAAGGUCUACAAAGAGGUGAUAGAACUUGCAAAUAUAGAAUAGUAGGGUGUAGUUACGUUUAAGGAUAUUGCGUUAUCAGCUACUGGUUUUUCUAACUUUUAUCCAGCUAAACUAAUAUUUUAAUUUCAGUUCCCCUAGGAUCAAUCCGUGAGCUGCCUGCUGAAUCUUGCGAGGAGAUCGAGGCGAGUGAAGGAAGACAGGUAGUUAACGGUAAUUAUUGGCUGGAUUCUACAAGAUCUGGGAACUCUAUUUUUGCUCGUUGCGACAUGAAGACAAAAGGUUAGUACAAGAAAUAUUCCAUGGAUAUUUGCCUUCGUGCUAAUGAAAGGCAUUCUUUUAAUCAGCCUUAUUUACAACUAGUUGUAGACUAUUGUGUCAAGAACCUAUGUCAAAACGAUGCAAAGUGUGUGAACCGUGAAACCAACUACUCAUGCGCGUGUAACUCAUCUGGUUGGACAGGAAAAUAUUGUGAAAAAGGUUUUCUUUUGCUGAAAAGUUUCUGAGGGGAUCGGCCACGAUCUCCUCGUCAUCACAAAGAUCAUCGCUAAUUAAGAAGUUUGGUUUUUGAGCGUUCAAAAUAAAAUCUUGGAAGUUUGUAUAUUACACAGCGUUUUCGAGCUCACAAAGCUCAACCUUGAGUUUGAAAUUGCCUAAAUUCUGCAAAUACUUAUAGCUUCGUCAUUUCAAAUCGUUACGAACUAAAAUAUGGUCACGUAGUUCGCGCGUAACAAGGGUGGAUUUCAUUGAAGUAAGUCCUACAAUUAGCUCCACAAGGUUAAUUUUUUGAGUUACCGGCACAGCAAUGCCUAAAUUUGUGAAGUUAGGAACGGGGUGGAUACAUCAUACACAAAUUGGAGAUUGACCAUUGUGUUUGGUGGAUAAAUUAAUUGGAAAUUAAUCAAGUCACGGCACUUUUUUUGUUAGUCGAACGUUAGGUCAAAGAGCUACCUGGCUAUGGUUUUUACGGGGGGAGAGUAUACUUUUGACGAAAAAUACAACAGUGUCAUAUAAUCGGAUUUUUGGCAUCAAUCAUCUCUCAAUGGAUCACCCAUGAUUUCCUCGUGAUCACAAAGAUCAUCAUUAAUUUGGAAGAUUGGUUUCCGACCGUUUUUCUAUCCCCCAAACUCAACCUUGAUUUUGAAAAAAUGCCGAAAUAAACCAACUAUAAAUAAUUUCGUCAGAACUGAAAUUUCCACGAAUUUUGUGUAAACUCUUUUCCAUGGUAAAAGAUGUGUCCACAGACAUACAAUUGGCCACAGAUAAUUCGAAUGGCAAAUUUUUGAUAUAUCGAUACAUCAGUGUCUUACAUUUGUGAAUUUAUGAAAUGGGUGGACGUACAAUUCGACAAGAGGCGAUUGUUGUGCUUGCUUGGUAAACGAAUCAAAAGGAGGCGAAAAAUGAAAGGGAAAACGGCCCUUUUGCCUCCCAACGUGGAGUUUGUAAACUAUAUUUUUCAACCAUCGCAGUUUGAUCCGCGCUAAAAGUCCACACUACUAGCACUAGUACUACUAGCACUAGCACUAGCACUACUAGCAAAGAAAUAAAUUUAGGUAAAUAUAAGCCUUACUUUUUGAUUCAUUUUACUUUUACCUAGAAUGUGGGCCUGUUGGUGUAACAGAUAGAAAUGCAAUCUCAGAUGCCAGAAUGACAGCAAGCACAGUCUAUGAUACAAGAUUUUAUCCGUACUAUGGCCGACUCCAUGAAAACAGGGGAUAUGGAGGAUGGUGUCCCAGGACUGUAUCUGACAGAAAAGACUAUCUUCAAGUCGAUAUGGAUACAAUGCUGUCUGUUUGUGCUGUGGCCACCCAAGGCGAAAGGAUAAACAAUGAAUGGACUACCAGCUACAAACUGCAACUAUCCACAGACGGUGUAACCUGGAGCGUUUACGAGGAAACCAGCACCGCAAAGGUUUGA